GCGAGCGCCAGCUGACUGCACGAGUUUGCACCGUGCCCCAACCAACUUUUCACCUGGAACGGAUUUGCUCUUCACUAAUGACCAGGACCUCGUUGGCUGCCCUCAUCACUCCGAGUCAGUCCGAGUUGUGGAUGUGUUCCGCUCGGUGAUCUGUGUUUGCUGUACGGGACUAGUGUUCUAGUGUUCCCUCGACAGGUGCCAUGAGGCUGCUCUGCUGGAGCCUUCUGCUGCUCAUCCAGUGGAUGCGGACACAGGUGCAUGGCUUGGAGAAACACGUUGGCAAACCUCUGGAUUAUCUGGAGCAGGGAGCGUCCAGCACAGUUUUCAAGAGCCUUCCAUACGGCGUUCCCGCUCCAUCAGGAGCCGUCAAACCUCCACACCAGACCUCCAGGAUAUUCUCCACGCUGGACCACACGCCCACAAAGCCCAAACCACCCACCUUCAGCUUCCAGAACCCCUACGAAUGGGUGCGAAACCAGUCUCAGCUCCAGGACCACACAGGCUACCGUCCCAAACGCAAACCCUCCCUCAAAACCUCCAUGAAGACUAAAAAGAUCUUCGGCUGGGGCGACUUCUACUUCAACGUCAAGACGCUCAAGUUCAGUCUGCUGGUGACGGGGAAGAUCGUGGACCACGUCAACGGGACGUUCACGGUCUACUUCCGCCACAACUCCUCCAGUCUCGGGAACGUGUCGGUGAGCAUCGUUCCUCCGUCCAAAAUCGUCGAGUUCGAGGUUCUCCAGAAACCCCUUCACCCGGAGAUCCAGUUCCACCAGCAGCACCAGUCCACCGUCGACCCCAAAGACAUCAAAGCCUUCAACUGUCGCGUGGAGUACGAGAAGACGGACCGCUCCAAGAAACCCAAACCCUGUCUUUACGAUCCAUCGCAGACCUGCUUCACUGAAAACACCCAGUCGCACUCGUCUUGGCUCUGUGCCAAACCCUUCAAAGUCAUCUGCAUCUUCAUCUCCUUCUUCAGCUUCGACUACAAGCUGGUGCAGAAGGUCUGUCCGGACUACAACUUUCAGAGCGAGCAUCCGUAUUUGGGAUGAAGCGGCUGGGACUUCACGAGGCAUUAUGUUUUCUUUGUAUAUAGAAAGAACCACCCUAAUUUGUUAAGCUCUUAAAGGGGUCAUCGGAUGCUACAUGCACUUUUACAAGUUGAAAAUGUAUUCAGAUUUGUGACGAUUCAAUUCGGUUGAGAUGCUAAACAGAUCGCGAUUCAAUUAGGGGAGGAGUUUAUAUGAAUGUG